CAAACAGUCUAGUGACCGGGUUUGGUUGGCAUCCCUGACACGGGCAAAGUGACAGUUGUUACGCAAGUCGAAGCGGAUUACGAGGAAAAGAACGCAAUUUCCUAUAAUGUGGUUCGAGAAAUUCAUCCCGAAGCUUCCCAAAGUCAAGGCACAAGAGGAGGAAGAAGAGGAAUUGGUCGAUCCGCAACAAGUCUUGAGGGAGAAAUGCAAUGAGACGGAACACUGCCAAAAAUAUUACGAGAAAUACCAAGCGUGCAAUGACAGAGUCAAUUCCCGGUCUAAAACCACGGAGAAUUGCUCCGAGGAGUUGUUCGAUUGGCUCCAUGCUGUGGACCAUUGCGUCACCAAAGACUUGUUCAGCAAAUUGAAGUGAAUUGGUCGAAAUUGUAGAAAGUUUUGUUAUUUAAUGUUACCUCAAUAAACUCUAGUGACUA